CCACUGAUUCCAGUUCUUCCAGCAGAGAGCACUUCCCUCUGUCUGACGCCUCGCCUACACCAAGAAACAAACACACGGGCACGGCAAUGCCCAACCCAUCCGCAUCCCCGCCACCGGCACCGGCGCCGGCACCGGCCACCGCCGCCACUCACCGGAAGCGGCUGCGGCGGCGGAGGCAGCUCCUCCCGUCGUCCUCCUCCUCCUCCGCGCUCCCCACGUCCGCGUCCUCUUCGUCGUCCUCCUCCUCCUCGUCCUGUGCCUCCUCGGGCCUCUCCUUCUCGUUCCCGUCCUUCUCGCCGGCGCCCUCGCCGUUCCACCACCGCUUCUUCCUCUCCCCGCUGCGCGCCUCCGCGGUGCCCUUCUCCUGGGAGCACCGCCCGGGCAUCCCCAAGACGCCCGCGCGCCAGCAGGCGGUGCGCGCCAAGACGGCCAAGGCUACGGCGGCGGCGGCGGCGGCGCUGCCGCUUCCCCUCCCACCCUCCCUCCUCUCCAGCAAGGUCGGCGCCGCCGACGGGCCCUUCUCCUCCUCCUCCUCCGCCGCCGCCGCCGACGGCUACUUCAUCGUCCCCGACGACGCCAAGGCGGCGGCGAGGCGGCGGCGGCGGCGGCGCAGGCAGCGGCCGCCGGCGCUGGCCGCCACGCUAACCGACUGGCUCGCCGUGCUCAGCCUGUACCGGUCGUGCACGCGGUCCCGCGACUGCCUCGCCGGCACGCCGCCGCCGCGCCCCCGCGCUCCGGCCAAGUUCCGGUGAGCUGGGUUCGCUGAUCUCGCGCCGGCCGCGCGCGCGCGCGUGUCUGGUUCCGGUGCUGCUGCUCCUCAGCUCCUCCUUUGGCCGCGCGGCGCCUUGCGUUUGUGUGGGUGCUGCUGCUGUGGUGCGGAUUAAGCAAUGUGCUUAGGAGGAUUAAUCACGCGUGGCUUAGCUUGACACUGUAAUUAAGGUGGGUUUUUUUUUUUCGUUUUCCCCGUGUGCGUGUGCUUUUUGUCUGUUCCCGCCGUUAAUAAUGGGUUAAUCCGGACUUGAUGCUGAAGCAGCUGCUGCUGCUAUAGUGCUAGCUGGUGAGGUGAAUGGUGAUGCUGUGUGCGUCCCACCCGUUAAUUAGGUUGUAAGAUUGCUCGCUGAUUGGUAAGGCACAGUUAAUGUGAAGUAUGAAAAUCUUGUCAAAAAAAAAAGUGAAGUAUGAAAAGGCCCGUGUGUGCGACGAGAUCGGGUAUAUUGUACUACUACUAUAUAUAUGACCCCAUACUACAGUAAAGCAAUUGAGCAUAAUGCAUUGUUUCCGUGA